AUGGCUAUUGAGCAAGUCCUUCACAUGAAUGGUGGUGAUGGAGAAGCAAGCUACGCAAACAACUCCUCAUUUCAAAGAAAGGUGAUGUUCAUCACGCAACAUAUACUUGAAGAUAGUAUAAUGAGGCUGUACUGCGCAACUUUACCAAACUGUUUGAAAGUGGCAGACUUAGGUUGCUCAUCAGGUCCAAAUGCACUUCUGGUUGCAUCUAACAUCAUCAACACUGUUGAUGCAGUGAGUCAAACCUUGAAUCGUGAGCCACCCAUGUUUCAAUUUUUUCUCAAUGACCUAUUUGGAAACGAUUUCAACACCACCUUUAAGUCACUCCCCUAUUUUUAUACAAAACUGGAAGAAGAGAAGGGUCACAAGUUUGGUCCAUGUUUCUUUAGUGGAACACCAGGGUCAUUUUAUGGCAGGCUCUUUCCCAACGAUUCCAUUCACUUCUUUCAUUCCUCCUAUAGUCUGCAUUGGCUUUCUAAGACUCCAGAGGAGUUGACACAUGCUGCAGAACCACUGAACAGAGGAGCAAUUUACCUUACAAGGACAAGCCCUCCAGCUGUGCACAAAGCAUACUUUGCUCAGUUUCAAAAUGACUUCAAAUUCUUUUUGAGGUCACGUUCGAGUGAACUGCUUCCUGGUGGUGCUAUGGUCCUAACCUUUAUUGGUAGAGAUGAAAAUAAUGAACUAAUAAAUGCUUGGGUGGUUAUUGGUAUGGCACUCAAUGACAUGGCUGCAGAGAAUUUGAUGGAGCAGACAAAAUUGGACUCGUUUAACAUUCCAUCAUACUGUCCUACGCCUGAGGAGAUUAGACAAAUAAUUCAAGAAGAAGGAUCUUUUGAUAUUCAAAGGUUGGAGACAAUAAGAACGGAUUGGAUCAAGAACAUUAAUGUGAGUGAUGAUGACUCACUUAUUGAUGAAGAAACGAGAGCUGAGGCAGUAGCAAAGUACAUAAGAGCUGUUGCAGAACCAAUUUUGAAGUCAGAGUUUGGGGAAGCAAUCAUGGAUGAGCUAUUCCGCAGGUUCAAAAACAAGAUUCUCCAACUCUAUGGGGUUGAGAAAUUGGAGCUCGCUAAUCUAGUCAUGCACAUCACAAAAACUACUUGA